AUGGCUGCUCAAUCACAAGCACAGACUUCCACUCCGACGUCUUCUGACAAAGAAGAUGUCACUCGUGGGACCAACCAUGCCGUGGCCGCCCCGGCUGAAGCGGACGCCGAGGCAGAUGCCGGAACCGACUCUUUAAUAAACCUGACCGUCGCUCUUCCCGAUCCCGAGGUCCAAAAGAUUCAAAUAAUGGUGUCGUCCCAAGAGCAGGUCCACGAGGUCCGCCAAUCCAUCAUCGAGCUGCCCGCCGCUUUCCGCUUCACCUGCUUCCACCUUGAACAUGCCGGCCAGAAAAUCAACGAUUUCAUCCCUCUCUCCGAGAUCCAAGGCCUCGACGCCGACCCCGAGUUCUAUUUGGUUCAGGACCCUUACACCGAGAAGGAGGCGCGGAUCCACCUCGUCAGGGUCCGGGAGCUCAUAGGCGCGGCCGGUGACCGAGUGGACAUCUCCCAAGGUGUUCUCCCGGGUCUCUCGCUCUUCGAGAACCUCUCUCUGAGCUCUGCGUCUACUGCCGACGGCGCAGACCAGCUUCCGGUCAAGGACUACGAGUUUCAAGUGCUGCCGUCCCUCACGAGUCUCAUCCCCGAACCCGUCAGCCCCCCGCCAAAGACAGUCAAGUCGAUAGCCCUGUCGUCCUGGAACCCACCUCCCUGUCAUCUGAGGCAGCGCGGUCACCUGCUUUACAUCGUCGUCACGACCAACGAGGGCGAGCAGUUCCAAAUCACCUCUCACGUAUCCGGCUUCUUCGUCAAUAAAUCCUCCAACGCCAAGUUUGAUCCUUUCCCUCGCCAGGCGCCAAAGGGUCAUUUUUCCCACUCUCUCCUCGAACUCCUCGCCCUUAUCUCGCCUUCCUUCUCCAAGUCUUUUACACAGCUCCAGGACCACAACAUGCAACGGGACCCUUUGGCCACUUUUCAAAUCACCAAUGCAGUUCCCGCCGCCCCCUGGGUCGUGCCAUCACCCAGCUCUACUCUCUGUGCCCAUGUUCCCGACGCCACGCGCCCUCAAGAGACCUUCUUGUUAUCCGGCGUGGAAAACCUCGACAGCUUGCGGGACUGGAACGAGGAGUUUCAGUCAGCCAAGGAACUCCCCAAAGACACGGUUCAGGACAGGGUGUUUCGCGAGCGUCUGCUGUCGAAGCUCUUUGCCGAUUACAAUGACGCAGCGACAAAAGGCGCAGUCAUGGUCGCGCGCGGCGAGAUUGCUCCGCUCAACCCAACCGAGUGCCGAGAUGCCCAGAUUUUCGUCUCCAACAACAUCUUCUUCUCGUUUGGCGCUGACGGAGUGGGUACCUUCACGUCGGAGGGGGGUGACGAGGCCGCGCGCGUUGCGACAGGCAAGGAUGUUGCCGGCGUGAGGCUGGUCAAUCAGCUCGACAUUGAUGGCCUCUUCGCCCCUGCAACAGUUGUUGUUGACUACCUCGGCAGGCGCAUUGUUGGCCAGAGCAUUGUGCCUGGCAUUUUCAAGCAGCGUGAGCCCGGCGAGAACCAAAUCGACUACGGUGCGGUCGACGGAAAGGACGUUGUCGCGGCAGAUGAGCGCUUCGCCCCGGCGUUUGCUCAACUUUUCAAGGCCCUCAAAGUCAAGAGGCAUCCUGUUUGGGACAAGGACGGGACGAAGUUUGAUCUCGAAGCAAGUGUCGAAACCAAGGGCUUGAUGGGGACUGAUGGACGCAAAUACGUACUUGAUCUCUACAGAAUCACACCAUUUGAUAUUACCUGGCUUGAAGAGUCGCGUCCGGCUACAGGCGAGGAUGACACCAAGAGCUACCCUCAUCGGAUGACGGUGCUACGCCCCGAGCUGGUAGAAUCCUUUGCACGGCUCAGGAUGAAGCAGUGGGUGGACAAAGAGCUGGCUCGCCGGGGACAGACGAAACGAGACGAGACGACAAACGGCGUCAAUGGACAAGAGCCAACUUCUGCCGAGGACGAAGCGUCCAACAAGGGCCCACUGGAUCUCUCAAACUUCAAAUUCGCCCUCAACCCCGACGCGUUCAGUGGCCAGCUCCCUCAAAGUGAAGAGGACAAGGUCCAAUUCGAGGACGAUGAAAAAGAAGUUCGAGAAGCCUGCAGUCAUCUACGCGACCAGGUCAUCCCGGAUUUGUUGCGCGAGUUGUCCGAUUCCGACGUCAGCUUUCCCAUGGAUGGCCAAUCGCUCAGCCGUCUCCUGCAUAAACGUGGGAUCAAUGUCAGAUACCUCGGAAUGGUCGCUACGCUCGCCACUGAUAGUCGGCUGCGUUGUCUGCGCGAGAUUUGUGUCCAGGACAUGGUCUCCCGCGCGUUCAAGCACGAUGCUGCAGGACAUCUUCGCUCUCUCCCGGUACCUUUCACAACUGCCUGCGUGUCUCAUCUCCUGAACUGUCUUCUGGGGCACAGGCUGAACCCAAAGCCUUCCGCCGAAAUCGAUUCCUCUCUGCGAAUGCUGUACCCCGAUGCCGACCUCUCUUUUGAUCAGGUAACGCCCGAGAGUCUUCGAGCAAGCAUCGCGAAGCAGGUCCUUUCUCGUUUCAGAUAUGAGUUGGAUGAGCAAUGGGACAUGGGCAUUCGCAGCACACAGCUGCUGCGCGAGGUGUGUUUGAGACUCGGAGUCCAGGUACAGGCCAAAGACUAUGUCUACGGAACCGUCGAGAAGUUGGACGCCCCGCCUGCCGUGGAUUUGGAACAGACUCAAAGUAACGGGAACGUCGAUGGAGAGACCAAGAAAAAGAAGAAGAAAGCCCGUGACGGUUCGCCAUCGUCUACGGCAUCGGGCACGACCAAACACACUUUUACCCCCGACGACAUCGUGGACAUGGUUCCUCUGAUCAAGCAUUCCAGUCCACGUAGCGCGCUUGCAGAGGAGGCACUCGAGGCAGGCCGCCUCUCCAUCAUCCAGAACCAGAAGAAGCUGGGCCAGGAACUGUUGCUCGAAUCCUUGUCACUGCACGAGCAAAUAUAUGGCAUCCUACACCCCGAAGUGGCCAAGGUCUACAACAGUCUGUCGAUGCUAUAUUACCAGCUCGACGAUAAAGAAGCCGCGGUAGAGCUGUCGAGGAAAGCCAUCGUUGUCGCUGAACGUACGGUUGGCGUUGACUCUGCCGAGACGUUACUCAACUACCUGAACCUGAGCUUGUUCCUCCACCAAUCAGGAGACAGCAGGGGGGCUCUCGCGGCUUCCAAGCACGCUCUCAUGCUUUGGAAGAUCAUCUAUGGACCCGGCCACCCCGACUCGAUCACCACCAUCAACAACGCUGCCGUCAUGCUGCAGCACCUCAAGGCGUACCACGACUCGAGGCUCUGGUUCGAAGAAUCACUCCGCGUGUGCGAAUCUGUGUUCGGGAAGCAGUCCGUCAACUCGGCCACUCUCCUGUUUCAGCUGGCCCAGGCCCUUGCGUUGGAUCACGACUCCAAGGGCGCCGUGAACCGCAUGCGAGAGUCCUACAACAUCUUCCUCAAUGAACUCGGCCCUGAAGACAAGAAUACAAGGGAGGCCGAGAGCUGGCUCGAGCAGCUCACACAAAACGCCGUCUCCAUAGCCAAGCACGCAAAGGACGUGCAGACCAAGCGCAUCCGAUCUGGAAUCCGCUUCCCAGCCGCAACCGUGCCUUCUCAAGCCCCAGCGGUUGGGUCGUCCCAGCGCAUGGCUGCGUCGUCGCAGAUUGACCCUCGCAGCAUUGAUGAGCUCAUCAAAUUUAUCGAAGGCGGAGACCAAAAGUCCAAGUCGGCGAAGAACAGGCUCAGCCGCGGCAACCCCAAGCGAAGGGGUAAGAGCACUGCGUCGUGA